UAAAAAGGGUUAUACGGUCUAUAUUGCUACAUAGAAAAUACAGAAGAGAGAGAAUAUGGAGAUCUGCAUACUUCAUUCUUUCCCCUCUCCCUACCGCUUUAGACUCGUCCUCUUCCUUUGAGACCCUGCAAGGCCGCAACCUAAGUGGGAGAAGGACCCAAAAAUCCAAGCCACAAGAUCAGUAGAAAUAACAAGAAGAAGAUAGCCUGAAAAACCCAUUGGAGUGCCUGAAAACUGCCAUGAAAACCUCUCGCCAGAGCCCAAGAACCACUUUGCUAACUCAUUUAAGAAUCUGAGAGAAAAGCUCAAAAAUCCCUCUAGAGAGAGAAUCUCACCCUUUAGAGAAAGAGAACCAAAUAGUGGCUAGUGUGCUCUUUAAGAGAGAGAACUACAACGCCUUUAGAGAUCAAAGCCCCUAUAGAGACAGAGGAAAGCCCCUUACUAAGGGCAGAGAAAACCUCUUCUCAGAGGCAUAGAACCACCAUAAGAGCCCAAGAGAAUCUCCGGAAAACCACCAUAAAACCCCCACAAAAUCAUUUCAGAAUUACAUAAAACCUGUACAAAUCACCGGAAAACCACUAUCAAAACCCAACAUUAAUCCCUGAGAAACCCACCGACAAAGCUCCUUGUAAAUCCCUGAAAACCACCAUCAAAACCCUUCAAGAAAAUCACCAAGAACACCUACUAGACACAAAAGAGCCAUGGCCAAUGACCAGAGCCCUGACGCCUCAGAAGACCAGCAGAAGCGCUCAGAGAUCUACACCUACGAGGCACCAUGGCACGUCUACGCCAUGAACUGGAGCGUUCGCAAAGACAAGAAGUAUCGUCUCGCCAUAGCCAGCCUGCUCGAGCAAUACUCGAACCAGGUCCAAAUCGUUCAGCUCGAUGACUCCACUGGUGAGAUCAAAUCUGACCCCAAUCUCUCUUUCGAUCACCCAUACCCACCCACUAAGCUCAUGUUCGUCCCCGAUAGAGACUGUCAAAAACCAGACCUCCUUGCUACCUCAGCUGACCAUUUAAGGAUUUUUCAAGUUUCCCAAGAUCGAGUAGAGCUCAAAAGCUUCCUCAAUAGCAACAAAAACAGUGAGUUCUGUGGCCCAUUAACCUCUUUCGAUUGGAAUGAGGCAGAGCCUCGAAGGAUCGGAACUUCCAGUAUUGAUACCACCUGCACAAUCUGGGAUAUAGAGAAAGAAGUUGUUGAUACCCAAUUGAUUGCUCAUGAUAAAGAGGUCUAUGAUAUAGCCUGGGGUGGAGUUGGGGUGUUUGCAUCUGUCUCUGCUGAUGGGUCAGUUAGGGUUUUCGAUCUUAGAGAUAAGGAGCAUUCGACUAUAAUUUACGAGAGCUCUCAACCUGACACCCCACUUGUUCGAUUGGGUUGGAACAAGCAGGACCCAAGGUUCAUGGCCACCAUUAUAAUGGAUAGUGCAAAGGUGGUGGUUUUGGAUAUAAGGUUCCCUACUUUGCCUGUGGUUGAGCUUCAGAGGCACCAGGCUAGUGUCAAUGCCAUAGCUUGGGCCCCUCAUAGUUCUUGCCAUAUUUGCACAGCUGGUGAUGAUUCUCAGGCUUUGAUUUGGGAUUUGUCAUCCACCGGGCAACCCGUUGAGGGUGGUUUGGACCCGAUUCUCGCUUAUACAGCAGGCUCAGAGAUUGAGCAGUUGCAAUGGUCGUCAACCCAGCCUGAUUGGGUUGCUAUUGCUUUCGCCUCGAAGCUUCAGAUUUUGAGGGUCUAAGGAAAAUGUGGGUUUUGACUCCUUUUCAUAUGGGAACAAUGUCCACAGAGGUGACCUUUCUGGAUUUAUUCAGUGCGUCUAUAUCUCUCAUCUAUAGUAUUGUGGACUAAAAGCCAUAUAGGUUUUGUUUCGAUACAUAUUUCCAAGCCAUAUCUUUCCCAGAAGAAAAUUUAGGGUAUCCUGAGAAACACAGGCUUUUUGAUGUAGUAUUCCUAGGUCCAGUGUUAUCUGGUCAAUCAGAAGCGUAACCGUGACGUUGCUACUUGGUUUAAAUGAAGUUAGUGUAAUUCCUUUGACAAUUAAAUAAAGAUAGUGUAAUUCCUUUGGAAACAAAGUCCUGCUUGGCUCUCCUGUAAAA